AUGGCUGGCAAACUCAUUGUUCUUGCUUUGGUCUUAAUUGGCCUUCUCGGGUUGGUUUCCGCUGCCAAUGAUGCGCCUGCCAAUGCCACUACUCCUAAGAGCAGCGGUACCGCAUCCUCCCCCGGCAGCCAGGGAGGAUCCGAGGCCGCCGCCGCACCCGGAAAUGAUGAUGCCAUUGGCAACACUGAUGAUGCAGGUGCACCAACUAAUAGUAAUGGCGGUGGUGAUGAAGGUGUUGCUGUUGAAGGCCCUAUCGGCAGUGAGGAUGCAGCUAACUCAGCUGCUUCCUCUGCUCAGCCUCCUACCAGUGGUGCAAUCACCUUUAGGGUCUCUGCGGUCGCUGGAGCUGCUGCUGCCGUCGCUGGAUACUUCGUCUUCUAAACCAGUUUCGCUUAAUUUUGGCAGCUUUUUGGAGUCUGAGAAAAGCUGUCUGAUUGAUAUUUGUUGGUUUAUCAAUUACUUCAUUUGUUUUUUGGCCAAAAAAAAAAAAGAAUUACUUCAUUUAUUCGCACCGUAAUUUGAGGUUUGCACAAGGCUGGUUUGAAUCUGUUUAUGAAUGAAGAAAUGGGAGGGGGCUGCAUGAAUUUUCAAGGAAAAUUUUGG